AAGAACGCUCACGGCUUCUUCAACUAAUAUCACAACCGCGUUGCCACAGUUUGUACAUACAGGUCCAUCUGUCCCCGGACGCGACAGGACCUCGUUCGCGAACCACACAAAACAAAUCAAUAUCAUUCGUUACACUGAUAACCAGGAGUUACGAGUAUCGGUCUGUUUGAUAAGACGAGAAAACAGAAAAGGACGACGGGGCUUACGCUUGGUGUUCCUAUCGCCAGCGGUUAUACGGACAUCACCGCAGCAGAUCCGAGAGGAAACGACGGCGAGGUUUAAAUCUUAAGGAGAUGGGACUUGGGCUCCUGGCCGCAAAGCAACUCCAAUCGCUUCUCCUGUAGCCGUGACCGGUUUGCCGUGAGGCCCCGUACCCCCUUCUCAUGGUUUCUCUAUAGCUCCAGAACUGUGCAGCCAUGUUCAGGAACAGUCUGAAGAUGCUGCUCGGCGGCAAAUCCAACCGCAAGAAUCGAAACAGCAGCAGUGACUCCACAGAGGGCGAGUGUGUGUUUGAGGGGGAUUACGCCGUCCCUCCUCUCCCAGUGACCGAAAACAUGCAACACAUUCGCAUCAUGGAGGGUGUGUCGCGCUCUCUCCCCUCCUCACCCCUGCUCUCCCACCAGGCCCUCAACAUGCGCCUCCAGCCCCUCAAGAGACUACCAGGAGAGGAAGGCCAGGAGCUGGGUCCUCCUCCAUCUGUGGACGAGGCAGCCAACACACUGAUGACGCGGCUGGGCUUCCUGCUCGGGGACAAAGUGAGCGAAGGGCCUGCUGGUGCUCAGUACGGUAUGGAGGAACAAGAUGACCCCCAGGCCAUCUCCAUGACCCAGAGAAUAAGCCCAUGCUCUAGUUUGGCUAGUAGCACAGCAUCUCCUCCUCCUGGCAGUCCCUGCUCCACGCUGCCUGCCGGAGCCCCGGGUAACAUAGGCAACCGCGACUGUGCUUACGGAUCUAUCACAAGCCCCACCUCCACUCUAGAGAGCCGAGACAGCGGCAUUAUAGCAACACUCACAAGUUACUCUGAGAAUGCUGAACAUGGUAAAUACAAUGAAAGCUCACGGGGCAGUCUGAAACUCUGGCAUGCACAGAAAUCAAUGGUCGCAGACUCUUUUCUGUACCGUGUGGACGAAAACAUGGCCGCCUCGACAUACAGCCUCAAUAAAAUCCCAGAGAGGAGCUUGGAACACACCGUCUCUCACUCCGCCCACUCCAUCCCGCUCUACCUCAUGCCCCGUCCCAAUUCUGUGGCUGCCACUAGUUCAGCACACUUGGAUGAUCUUGCGUACCUGGAUGAGCAGCGACAGGCUCCACUGCGCACAUCGCUACGUAUGCCACGGCAGAACUCUGGUUCCAGUCGCUCUGGACAGGCGGAUAUGAGAGUGCGCUUUGCUCCAUACCGACCCCCGGACAUCGCCCUAAAGCCGCUUCUCUUCGAGGUUCCCAGCCUCACGCCCGAGACGGUCUUCAUCGGCCGAGAUUGGCUCUUCCAGGAAGUGGAGGCGUGUCUUCGCAGCAGCGAACCCAUCGCCAAUCAAGGUGUCGUUAUCGCCGGCAACGUGGGAUUUGGCAAAACUGCCAUCAUCUCUCGCUUGGUGGCACUGAGCUGCCACGGCAACCGCAUGAGACAGAUCACCUCCGACAGCCCACACGCCUCCCCAAAACAUGGUGACACCCUGCCCCUUGGUCAGCCUCAAUCCGCUCACGGCACACUGGUUGGGGGGAGCAGCUGUCCCGGCACGCCAGAAAUGCGAAGACGGCAGGAAGAGGCGCUCAGGAGGCUGGCGUCACAGGUGGUGGCGUAUCAUUACUGUCAGGCAGAUAAUGCUUACACCUGCCUGGUCCCCGAGUUCGUUCAUAACGUGGCAGCUCUGUUAUGCAGGGCACCCCAGAUGCAGGCCUACCGAGAACUUCUGCUCCGUCAGCCUCACCUCCAGAGCACGCUCAGCCUGCGUGCCUGCGUGCAGGACCCUUUUAACGCAUUCCGCAGGGGUCUGUUGGAACCACUGGAAAUCCUGCACAGAGAGAGGAAGAUCGCCUGCGAGGAGAAUCUCAUCAUCUUGAUUGACGGGUUGAAUGAGGCAGAGUUCCAUAAACCGGAUUACGGGGAAACCAUCGUUUCUUUCCUGUGUAAAACCAUCGAACGAUUUCCUCCUUGGCUUAAACUGGUGGUUACUGUCAGAACGACAUUACAGGAUGUGACUCGCCCGUUGCCAUUCCAUCGUAUCUCUCUGGAUCGGCUGGAGGAGAGCGAUGCCAUCGACUCUGACCUGCAGGGCUACAUCCUGCACCGCUUGCACUCCAGCCCAGAGAUCCAGAGCAAUGUGGCACUUAAUGGCAAGCUGGACAACGCAGCUUUCACCAAACUCAGCACUCAUCUGAAGAGUCUGAGCCGAGGCUCAUAUCUGUACCUGAAGCUGACGCUGGACCUCAUUGAGAAGGGCUACCUCGUGCUUAAAAGCUCCAGCUAUAAGGUGGUUCCUGUAAAUCUGGCUGAGGUCUACUUGCUGCAUCUGAACAUGCGUUUCCCCACGCAGUCCUCAUUCGAGCGUGUUCUUCCGCUGCUUAACGUGGCCGUGGCCUCGCUGCACCCCCUAACCGACGAGCAGGCGUACAGCGCCGUCAACUCCAGCGUGGUGCGAGGCGCGGCUCUCGACUGGGAUGAUUUCCUGCAGAGAUCAGAACUCCUGUCGCCUUUCCUGGUGAAGAGACGCGACGGGACGCGCAUGUUCGUCCACCCCUCCUUUAGAGAGUGGCUCAUCUGGAGAGAUGAAGGAGAGAAAACCAAGUUCCUGUGCGACCCCAGGAGUGGACACACACUCCUCGCGUUCUGGUUUUCAAGACAAGAAGGAAAACUCAAUCGACAACAGACCCUUGAACUCGGUCACCACAUUCUCAAAGCUCACAUCUUUAAGGGCUUGAGUAAGAAGGUUGGGGUUUCCUCCUCGGUUUUGCAGGGGUUGUGGGUUUCCUACAGUUCAGAAGGUCUUUCUGCUGCGCUGGCUUCGCUGAGAAACCUCUACACACCUAACAUCAAGGUAUCCCGACUGCUGAUUCUGGGCGGCGCCAACGUAAACUAUCGCACAGAGGUGUUGAACAACGCCCCCAUUCUAUGCGUGCACGCCCACCUGGGCUACCUGGAGACGGUUGCUCUGCUGUUGGAGUUCGGGGCGGAUGUGGAGGGCGUAUCAGAGAACGGACUCACCCCGCUAGGCUACGCAUCUUCCGCGGGCCACCUUUCCAUUGUCACCACUCUCUGCAGCAGGAAAGCCAAGGUGGAACACCUGGAUAAAAACAGUCAGUGCGCUCUGGUCCACGCUGCCCUCCGGGGUCAUCUGGAGGUGGUGAAGUAUCUGGUUCAGUGUGAAUGGAAUAUUGAUGGACAGCAAUCUGGAUCUUUUAGCAAAAGCCACGCAGUUCAGCAGGCACUUAUUGCAGCAGCUAGCAUGGGAUAUACAGAGACUGUAUCGUAUCUACUGGAUCUGCCUGAGAAAGAUGAGGAAGAGGAGGAGAGAGCCCAAAUAAACAACUUUGAUACACUGUGGGGAGAAACAGCACUGACGGCUGCAGCGGGUCGAGGGAAGCUGGAUGUGUGUCGUCUGUUGUUGGAACAGGGAGCGGCCGUGGCACAGCCCAACCGGAGGGGCAUUGUGCCUCUCUUCAGCGCUGUGCGACAGGGACACUGGCAGAUUGUGGAUCUGCUGCUGAAUCACGGUGCCGAUGUGAACAUGGCUGAUAAACAGGGCCGCACUCCUCUCAUGAUGGCAGCGUCUGAGGGACAUCUGGGCACUGCUGAGUUCCUGCUGGCUCAAGGUGCCUCAUUGUCGCUAAUGGACAAGGAGGGGCUUACAGCACUGAGCUGGGCGUGUCUUAAAGGUCACCUCCCAUUGGUCCGUGCCUUGGUUGAGAGGGGCGCGGCAACCGCCCACGCGGACAAGAGCGGCCGAACACCCUUGGAUCUCGCCGCCUUCUACGGAGACUCUGAAGUGGUGCAGUAUCUGGUGGAUCAUGGAGCUAUGAUCGAGCAUGUGGAUUACAGCGGCAUGCGUCCUCUGGACCGAGCCGUUGGCUGCAGGAACACGUCAGUGGUGGUUGCACUGUUAAAGAAGGGUGCCAAGAUAGGUCCAGCGACAUGGGCAAUGGCGACAUCCAAACCUGAUAUUAUGAUCGUUCUGCUGAGCAAACUAAUGGAGGAGGGAGAUGGAUUCUACAAGAAAGGAAAAGUGAAGGAAGCGGCUCAGCGGUACCAGUACGCCCUAAAGAAGUUCCCACGAGAGGGUUUCACAGAAGACCUGAAGACCUUCCGUGAACUCAAAGUCUCUCUGUUGCUCAAUCUCUCCCGCUGCCGAAGGAAGAUGAACGACUUUGGGAUGGCAGAGGAGUUUGCCUCCAAGGCACUAGAGUUGAAACCCAAAUCCUAUGAAGCCUAUUACGCACGAGCCCGUGCCAAGCGAAGCAGCAGGCAAUUCCACGAAGCACUGGAGGACCUGAGUGAAGCCAUGUGUCUGUGUCCCAACAACCGGGAGAUCCAGCGUCUGCUGCAGCGUGUUGAAGAAGAGUGUCAUCAAGAUGCGCAGCAACAGGAGCUGGAUCAGCCCCCUUCCCCUCCCAACAAUCAAGGCCCACCCAUGGUCCCGCUUCCAUCAAUAGAGCCCCGUUUUUCAGACAUGGAGCCCGUCCAGGAUCUGUUUGAGGAAGACGAUUAUCUCGAGAGGGAUAUGGAUGGCCUACCGCUAUGUGUUCCUUCCGAGACCCACGCUACUCCAUCUGGGCUUCCAGUCAUUCAAAACAUGCCCCCAUCCCCCAGCCAUCAUGAGUCCCCCUACCUGGCUCAAGCCUUCGACCUUCGACCCAGCCCACCUUCAAUUUCAUCUCCUACCCGACAAGGCUACCAAUCCACCUCUCCAUCACUCUCUCCGACGCACCAGGUCUCUCACUAUAGGCCCAGUCCACCCCAUCAAGCCUCCUACCACUUCAGCCCACCACCUUCACCUUUACGACUCGGACCACAGUACCGUGCCAGCCCUACUUCUGAAGGAGUUGCCAUGUACCGUCCCCAGUCUGCUUCUGUUGGGCGAUACCAACCGGACCAGCUGUCUGGUCGACCCAAGUCCCCUCUCUCCAAGAUGAGCAGCCAACGUUCUUUUCAGGUUCCCCAACAGACUUCCCAUCAGUCACAACAGGGCCAGUGGUUGCAGCCAGCCAAGGCACAGAUCAUUCGCACCAACCAGCCCAGCAGCGCCGUACACUCCAGUGCCGUAUUGGGCAGCAGCGCCUACAGUCAGAUCGCUCACUCCAUGAGUGCCCGCUGCCCGGGAGACAUGGAUGAACUUGGGGAUGGAGGAUACUCUACGUCGCUUCAACCUCAAGGCAUACUGAGCGCAGGAGCCUUGUACCAGCGUGCCAUGAGCAUGGACCCUGGCAUCAUGGAAGACGAGCUUCCUCAGAGGCCCUCCUCCGCAUACAGACCCAGUCCUGGAGGUGUCCGCUACAAUCAGGUGCCGCAGAUCAGUCGCAGUCAAUCGACCGCCUACUAUCCCGUCUCGCCCCAUGAGAUGGAGCGACAGGUGACAAUGGGUUCACCCGAGAACACUCAUGCACAAAGACGUCCAGUCAGUGCCAAUACCUCUGAACCCAAACAGCAUCCUUCAGCCCCACGUCCACUUAUUCAUUCCCACAGUACGGGUUUGCGCUUCUCACCAUCAGGCAACAGUUUAGGGGCCGGUUCCGCUGCAAAUCUACCCCAGAGUUUCAGAGCAUCAACACAGCAAAUGGAGAUCCCGCUAACGAUUUCCUACGAAGGCAGCUACCACGAUGACCUUUCACCCAUGUCACCCCCACAAGGCACUGAAUUCCGGGUGGUGGGCGGGACGUACCCAGGUGAGGCUCUUCGCUCUCGUGCCACGCCAUUCAUGGGUAUCAUCGACAAAACGGCACGGACUCAACAGUUCCUUCCACAGCAGCCUUCGCUUGCAUCCUCCUCCUCAGCUUCACGACCCUGGACUGUUUCUUCUCUGGAUACGGUGGUGAACAGUCCAGCCACUUCCCCAAGUAACAUAGGGUACGGGCAGCAGGCGGCACCCCUCAGCCAUAUCGCGUAUUACAACCGCACCAACAAUGCUCACAACGGCCACCUCAUGGAUGAUGAUUUCUAUGUCAACCCUCCAGGUAUAACACGGGACCGGACGGAUGCUAUGGGCCGAAUUAGCCAGGUUCCCACGUACCCUGAUGUGAAAGUGGCACGGACUCUCCCAGUCUCCCAGGCGUACCAAGACAACGAGUUUAGGCAAAUUUCUCGUAGUGAAAGGCAAGGCCCAACCUCACCCAUCAAACCAAAGAGACCCUUUGUGGAGUCCAAUGUGUAAAGAUUCAGUCAGU